UGCCGACAGAAGGCGAGCGCGCGCGUUCGCAGAAUAUUCUGGGUAUUUGCUGAAGCUGUAUGACGGCUAGCAUGUAGCCAGAGGACUUCAUUCAUUGUCCGUCCAGCCUGUGUUUUUUGUUUACAACAAAGCUGUUUAAAAACCGGAACAAUGCCGCUCACACCUCUCGUUUACUGGGCUCAACGCCACGAGGAAAUUUACCUGCGAGUGGAGCUGACGGACGCACAGAAUAUUGACGUCAAAGUACAGGAAAAAGUGCUGCAGUUUAGAGCCCAGGGCCAUGGUGCUAAAGGACAAAAUGAAUACGAGUUCAGCGUGGAGUUUAAUUUACCAGUGAAGUCAGAGGUGAGCCACAAGUCCACACAGCGGCAGGUGAAUAUUACAGUGCAGAAAGAGCAGAGAGGCUGGUGGGAAAGACUGACGCUACAGGAGCGCAAACCAGUUUUUCUGGCACCAGACUUUGACCGCUGGCUGGACGAGUCAGAUGCUGAGAUGGAGAUCCGAGAAAAGGAGGAGAAAAGGAACAGGCUGAGGGCUUCAAGGUAUAAUAACGAAGGGUUUGUCAGCCUGAAAACAGGAUUUUUGUUCAUGUACAACCUGGUGCAGUUUCUUGGUUUUUCGUGGAUCUUUGUCAACAUGACCGUGAGGCUCUUUAUCUUUGGCCAAGAUUCUCUCUAUGACACAUUUCACACCAUAUCGGACGUGAUGUUCUUCUGCCAGGUCCUGGCAGCAGUAGAGGUCCUCAAUGCUGCUUUUGGUGUCGUCCACACAGGUGUUAUUCCAGCUCUUAUACAGGUGGUUGGAAGGAAUUUUAUCCUCUUCAUCAUCUUUGGUAGUUUGGAAGAAAUGCACAACAAGCCAGUUGUGUUCUUCGUUUUCUAUCUGUGGAGCGCCAUUGAGAUCAUUAGGUAUCCAUUUUACAUGCUGGGCUGCUUCAAUACAGAGUGGAAAACUCUCACAUGGCUGCGUUACACAGUCUGGAUACCUCUGUACCCAUUAGGUGUUAUAGCUGAAGCUGUUGCUGUGAUACAGUCCAUUCCAAUCUUUGACGAGACCAAACUCUUCAGUAUUCCUCUGCCGAAAGCCGUUGGUACCUCUAUCAGCUUCUCUUACGUUCUGCACAUCUAUCUUGUUCUCAUGUUUCUUGGACUUUUUAUCAACUUUCGUCAUCUUUACAAGCAGAGGAAGAGGCGUUUCCGCUCCAAGAAAAGAAAAGCACACUGAGAGUCAGCAACAACACUCCUCAAACACCUCGGCUGCCUGCUUAUAUGGAUAACAUAUUUCAAAUGAUACUCAUAAAUCAUGCUCCAGUCAAAUCUGUUCUAGUUUUUAUGAGGGUUGUUUUUUCCCCACAGUGUGUUUGCUCUCACUAAAAUGAGUUCAUUAAUGUUUAACAUCCUACAUCCUACUACAGAUGAUGCAGUAUUUCAUCAUUGCAUUGACUGCCUCAUUUACUGGUCAAUGAGUUCUCAUAGAUUUAAGUUUGUAUCUUGUAGAUUAGAGGAGAGUUGUAUUAAGCCAUAGAACUUGACAUCCUGUGUGAUACUGUUUUUACCCCUUUAAUCUUGGUUGAGAUUUCUUUAAUGCAGUGGCAU